GAAAAGAUCUCAGAAAGGAAAAGAAAGCUACCCCUGGCGAAUUAAAUUACUAAUAAGCCCCCCUUAUCAGUUGGUUAGCAUCGUGGGUUUGCAGAGUCGGGGAGCCAUGGGUCGCGAUCUCCGGGCGGUGAGAGAGGGCUUUCAGAGCUACAAUACAAAUCAAGAUAGUGAAAUGUAACAGAAAUCGCGACAUUCAACCAGAACAAUCCACCAGACCCGCUCGCAACGCUAUUUUGCAUUGAAGCGGCGGAUGACCUGGCAACUUUCGAGGAGAUGGCGGUCAGGAUGAUCAUCGCUAAGAGUUUUCUGGCAUUCUCCUAUCAUGGUUGUCUAUUUAUUGCCCCAUCCUCUCUUCUCCACUGUGGACCCCCCUGAACCAUUUAUUCUGGAAUCCAGGCACAGAACUUUUCCCUUCUUUCUCUUUUAUCUAUUCAAACGCCCCUCCGUGUAACGUCCGACCCCCCAAACGUUCAGAUUCCCCUCUCCCUCCAUCAUGGCGUACGACUGUUACUGCGCCAUCUGCGGUGUCGGCUUUACCGGCAUGCACAUUGAGUCCCCGUCGGAGACCGCGAUCGAACGACGAAGACGGUGGAUUGAGAAGAGAUGCCGGGCGCUCGAGGCCGGCCAGGACAUCAACCAGAUUUCCACCGAAGACAAUGACGCCCCCGUGCGCAGCUACGAUCCUCGUUUAGUCGACACCGAUAACGUCUCCUGGCUCUACAAGGCAUACUGCCUCGGAUCGAAUCCUCCCUCCGGUUCGUCGAAGACGAAUAAAGCGUUCAUUGCAGGUCCGGGAUAUUAUGCGGAUAUUGGAGAGCUAGUGGUGAAACCCGGCAAUGAUCAAUAUCAGCCGUCGGCCCGGAAAACCUUCAUGUGUUAUGACGAGGGAACCGAAGACGCCACUGGCCCAGUCCUCCCAUUCCAUUGGAGCUGUUUCGAAAUUUUGACCCGAGUCCUCACGGGUUCCACCGAGAUCAACAAUGUCAACCUCAACGCUCUUUACGGUGUCAUGUCCGCUUUAACCAACCAUUCCUCCUUACAUUUGAGCUACGGAGACGACAUUUCGCGGUCGCAGGGCCGUUACUGGGAAUGCAUUCCGGGUGCAGAGUACUGUGCCAAGAACCCAACGGAUACCCCCAUGGUCGAUGAGCUUUUCCAAAACCUGAGCACGGAUGAUGAAUUCAAGCGCCCUUCGCUGGAGAUUGAGCUCCGCGAACGACGCCCCACCGAUCCAUUUGGCCAACUACCUCUAGAGAUUGCACAGCAGAUUUGCAUGUUCUUGCCUGGAGAGUCGCUGAAAGCGCUUGCUCAAGCUUCUCUCAGUGUUCAAAUUAUCACCCAGGAUAACUCGUUCUGGAAGCGUUUUAUGCAGUGGGACAUGCCGUGGCUCUGGGAAUUCCAGACGCUCCAGAAUCAGAAGGAUGUCAACUAUAAGUCACUUUACCUGUGGCUGAACAAAAUGUCCACUCCGCGGUAUGGCAUGGACGAUUUGAACCUGAUGGGCGUUGCCAACCGCAGACGCGUCUGGAGCGUUUGCGAACAACUUGCAAGCCGCUACAACAAAACUACCGGCCAGGCACCUGCGGAAGCGAUGAAAUGGGGUCGCGAUUAAGCAUCUGCGGGGAUGAGAUAUACAACAUUCGAUCGCUACGUUUUGACUGCCGAGGGAUUUUGCGGGAACUACAUUCAGCCAUAUGAUACCACAGCUUCACUACUUGAUUUCGACCUUUGCCUUGCCUCUUUGUCCAUUUGGAGUUUAUCCGGCGUUGGGCCUGGGUUGUUUGCCGAUUCUCAACUUUUGCCUUUAUUAGCGUCAAGCAUUAUAGAUAUAGACUAUCUUCCUUUUUUAUUCGACGAAUCUAUAAUGAAACCGAACGAUUGACUUGGUCGUUGCUUUACACCUUCACAUUUGACGGAUCUAUGUUAUCUUGCUGUUUUGCGGAGAGGACCAGUUCUUUGUCAAUAGAACGCCGUGUAGUAGACUUCACACCUAAUUUUGAGAGAUUUCGAACAAUUGCUUAAGACCUUUACCGGCGAAAUAACUGGUAUUAUUCUGGUAUAAUUCUGUUAUCAGACCAAUCGAUCUGUGGCGAAUGUGUCGGAGAACGUUCGGAGCAUUGUCGGAGGUAUUGUCUAUGACUAUAUUCCAGUCCAGUGUCAC